CUCUGGGCCAAUCAGGAAGCCCACACGACGUUUUGCGCAACGCGUGACGUAGCGCCUAGAUAGCGACUUCUCGAGCGUUGUACGGAAAUGAGAUGAUUACCUUUGGUUCCCUGAAUUUCACAAACGGCAGAGGACUAAACGGGGAUUCAGUGGAAAACUAAGCUGAAGGUGUCUGACUACAGAUCAUUUUCAAACAGCUACUAAUUCGUACUACUUUAUCUAAUAAAAGAAUAGCGAGCUUACUCGUUAGCCGCCAGGACAACUAGCUCGCUUACUAAGCUAUGAUAACAACGAGGCUGGGAACGAAACCCGACUCCCUCUUCAGGUCGCUUUUCCAAUGAGGAGAACUCGCCUUUUUGGCCCCGUGCAUCACCCUUCCUCGCCAUGGCAAAGCUCUAUCUGCCUACUUUCCUCUUACUGAUUUUUCUGUCCUCCUUCGUCCUCCUGCUGCUCAUCCUUCUGACCCCUGUCACCCCCUCACUUCCUUUAGCGCCUGCCUCUGAUCCCUCACUUUGGCCGUCACCCUCUUGCAGUCCAGGUCAGUCCUGGGCGGUUCGACUGCACAUUGGUCUUGAUCACAAGGAAGAAGAUGGUGAACACGGUGCUGUGCACAUGGAUUUCAUAGCCAACAAGGUAGCGGAGCAGGCUGGGCUGCACAACCAUGGCCAGAUAGGACACCUGGAAGGCCACUACUUGCUGUGCUCUACAAAGCCCGGUGCUGGGUCUGUAGGACGCAUCAAGAGACAAGCUCUCCGGCCUGAGGAUGUUUUAGCAGGACACCCUCAUGUUAUGUGGUACUCUCAGGAGAGAGUGCUCAGCCGCUCAAAGAGAUCGAUGGCCUUCAACGACCCCAACUACCCCAAACAGUGGCACCUGCACAAUGAUGUCAGUAAGGGCAUGGACAUCAACGUGACAGGAGUGUGGGAGCGUAACAUUACCGGCCAGGGAGUCACAGUGGUGGUUGUUGAUGACGGGGUGGAGCACACCCACCAAGAUAUUCAGCCAAAUUAUAGUCCAGAAGGCAGCUACGACCUUAACUCAAAUGACCCAGACCCCAUGCCUCACCCUGACAUUCACAGCGACAACCACCACGGUACUCGGUGCGCUGGGGAGAUUGCAGCUGUUUCCAACAACAGCUUCUGCGCAGUGGGAGUGGCCUAUGGCAGCAAAGUAGCAGGUAUUAGAGUGCUCGAUGGCCCGCUGACAGACAGCCUGGAGGCUAUAGCCUUUAACAAACACUACCAAGUUAAUGACAUCUACAGCUGCAGUUGGGGUCCAGAUGAUGAUGGGCAUACUGUGGAUGGACCUCAUCCUCUGGGCAAGGCAGCUCUGCAGCACGGGGUGAUUGCAGGCAGACGAGGAUUCGGGAGCAUCUUUAUAGUUGCCAGCGGUAACGGUGGUCAGUACAACGACAACUGCAACUACGACGGGUACGCCAACUCGAUCUACACCAUUACAAUCGGAGCGGUCGACGAGAAAGGCAAGAUGCCAUUCUAUGCUGAGGAGUGCGCAUCCAUGCUGGCCGUCACUUUCAGCAGUGGGAGGGGCUCUUUGAGGAGCAUUGUAAGUCUCAUCAAAUGCGACAGUAGUGCCGACUGGAAGGUGAACGGAGCAGGAUUUCAUCACAGCCACCAGCACGGCUUCGGUCUGCUCAACGCGUGGAGGCUCGUCAAUGCCGCCAAGGUGUGGGAGUCAGUGCCAUUCCUCUUGUCCUAUCAGAGCUCUGUAAUAAAGGAGGAAACCCCCAUUGUGAUCUAUCCCGAUGAGCUCGUCCUUACCUGGGAAGUCUCUGCUGCCGACCUGAGACAGUCUGGAAUGGAGACCCUGGAGCAUGUGGCCGUGACCGUGACAGUCAUCCAUCCUUGCCGUGGCAACGUGGAGUUCGUGUUGAUCUGCCCCAGCGGUAUGACAUCAGUCAUCGGGGCUCGCCGUGCCAUCGACAGAGAUAAUGCAGGCUACCAGGACUGGACUUUCUCCACUGUGCGCUGCUGGGGAGAGAGAGCCCAGGGCCUCUACACCCUCAAGAUCUCUGACCACAAAGAUGAAUCUUCUGUCCAGUGUGCCGCUGUGGGAGUGCUGAAGGAGAGGAAGUUGACUCUGUAUGGUUCAUCUAUGAUGUUCAGCGAGGUCAAGGAAAGACAGAGGCUGGUGGAGGAGGCAAUGACUGGGAAGUAUCUGCACAGCAACUUCUCUCUGCCCUGCCCUCCAGGCCUGGACCUGCCUCCAGAAAUCACCAAGCCCUUCACGUCCAACAACCUCAAGUUCAUGCUGUUGCUUGGCUGUUUUGCUCUCUUCUGGUCCCUCUACUACACAUUGGAGGUUAUGAUGGCCCACGUAGACUUCAGGGUCCUUCUCUGCUUGCCCAGGAGACAGGAUGGUCACAGGAGGGGGCGACAAGGGAAAGGAGUGGAGGAGGCACUGAUUGGGGAUGAGGAGCAGGACUCAGGGGUGGAGUUGCAGGCUGUGCUGGACUCUGAUGUCAAAGAGCCGCUUGCCAGUGGGGAAUGGCUGGCAACAUAGCACUGAGCCAGAUUAAGGGCUAAAACCAUCACACUGUUAGUCCUUAUAGGACCUCUCAGGCUUACACCUUCAUUUUGCCACUCACCAACUUAGCCUUCCACACUCAGCUUCCAGCAGUGGUGUUGGAGGGUGAAACCAGUGCACUCUUGUCCUUCUUUGCAUUCCCCUUAAGAGUGGCCUUCAGUGUGUUUGUGCUGCACGCAAAGGUGUGUGGCUUGUGCACAUCCCCUUAAUAAAGGUGAUCACAUUUUUUUUCUGCGAUCUCUUUAGACAUGGAAGAAAAAUUUGGUACGAAGGUUAAAAUUCCUGUAAAGUAAGUUAAUGCACAGGUCUGGUAUGACCAUCAGAUGGACUUAACAGGGUUCCUGGUUUAAUUACAUGUGUGAAAGUGUUCAUUUGCUCAUGUUUAAAAUGUAACCUCAAAGAAGAGCUUCAUAGGAUACAAUACACCUGUGGAAGGAAGAACUGAGAUGUGCACUUAAAAAAAACAGGUGUGAAAGUGUGUGUGUGUGUGGCGUAACCUGAGCGAUUGUGUUUGUGAUAUGCAAGGUCUUCCAUGGAAAAAGUGACCUAUGGUAAAAUGUGAGGCUUCAAGUGGAUACUGUAUUUCAAUAAAAAGAUUGCUUUUUGAGGGAAUUCCUUUAUGCAUUUAUUUUUUUUAAGCCUGGUGUUGUUUUCUGUGGCUUAUCAAUCUACUACUGAGAAUUUACAAAUAAAAGAAAAAUACAAACUUGAAAUGGGAUUUUUGCAUUGUGGGAUUUGCAAAUCAAUUUUUUAAUAAAGUAUAAUAUAUAGACAAUGUGCCUGCUGUACAGAUGUACUAUGCUGAUGGUGUUUUUACAGUGCUUUUUUUUUAAAGACUAUUAAAGAAGUAUAAUUUUUUUAAUGUAAACAGUGUUUGGAGUGAUAUUGAAAACCAUUACUGUGCAAGUCACAGGCAAGUUCAGUGAUAAUAAACAAUGCUUAAGUUUU